CACCACCAAACCUCGGUCUUUUAUGGGUGUAAAAUGGCACGUUGAUGCCAUCUGUUGGUAAAUGUACGUUACUGCAACACCAGUGUUAUAUAACGUGUGUGCCUCAUAUACCCGGAUGUAUUUGUAAUAUUCCGAACACGGCUGGUUGGUUCAUCAAAACAGAGUCUGUCUCCACCUGCUGGCUAAUAGUUACAUGUUUUCUACGCCAAUAUGGCAACCAGGUGGGGAAUCUGUAGCGCCGGGAAAAUCAGCCAUGAUUUCACAGUGGCACUGAAAACCCUCCCUCCCGGAGACCAUCAGAUUGUUGCUGUGGCAGCACGGAAACUACAGGACGCUGAGGCGUUUGCAAAGAAGCACAGCAUCCCUCAAGCCUAUGGCAGCUAUGAGGAACUGGCCAGAGAUCCAGAGAUUGAUGUGGUAUAUGUGGGCACCAUCCACCCAUACCACCUGCCAGUUGGCAUGCUCUUCAUGAAGGCCCAGAAGAAUGUGCUGUGUGAGAAGCCUAUGGCCAUGAACCUCAGAGAGGUACAAGAGCUGGUGGCCUCUGCUAAGAUGAACAAAGUCUUUCUGAUGGAGGCAGUGUGGACCCGCUUCUUCCCAGCUUCUCUGGAGAUCGAGCGCCUGCUGUCUCGGGGGGAGGUGGGUGAGGUGAAGAUGGUAAAGGCAGACUUUGGGGUGCCCCUCAUGCACGUGCCCAGAGCGGUGGAGAAGGAGCUGGGAGGAGGGGCGCUGCUGGACAUCGGCAUCUACUGCCUGCAGUUUAUAUGCAUGGUGUACAAUGGAGAGAAGCCUGAGUGCAUCCAAGCCACCGGUGUCUGUCUGGACACAGGUGUGGAUGAAGGCAUGGUGGUCACCCUGAAGUUCUCCAGGAACAGAAUGGCAGUGUUCACCUGCUCUAUUGCUGUGGAGCUUCCCAACGACGCUGUUAUCAUUGGCACCAAGGGAACCAUCAGGGUUCCUGAGCACAUAUGGUGUCCUACCUCCCUGGUGGUGAAUGGGAAGGAGAUUCAAUACACUCUGCCUGAGCCCUACCUGCCCCUCAACUUCAUCAACAGCACUGGGAUGCGCUAUGAGGCAGAGGAGGUGCGCCAGUGCCUGCUCAAAGGCCUGAAGGAGAGCCCCAGGAUGUCCCAGGCAGACUCUCUGCUCCUGGCUGAGGUGAUGGAUGAGGCACGCAGGCAGGUGGGAGUGGUUUACAGCCAGGACCACCAGUGACCAACAGACCUUUGUUUAAUAAAAUGAUCCACUAAAUGGUCUUUGUCAUCAAAACA